AUGACGUUACUUCAGGGACCUUCAGCGAAGCAGGCGGAGAUGAUCAAGCAGGAGUUGGGGGAAGGGCCUGAUGACCUAGAAAGAGGGGUUAGGGACCUGAAGAGCAUGUGCGCUGCCUCGCCUCAUCUACCCCCUCCGGAGAGAUUAGAUAAUCACUUUUUGGAGCUAUUCGUGCGAGGAUGCCGAAUGGACAUGAAGCGUGCGCGCACAAAGUUCGAGUCCUUCUGCAUGUCCCGUUCGCGCUACCAAGAUAUCUACCAGUAUCGUUCACUUACGGAGCCACCACUUAAUAACGUCUGCAAGUUCUUGGAUAUAGUGCCAAUGCCAAAGCUUACAGACGAGGGAUAUCGUGUGACACUGUUCCGCAUCAGACAAGGCUACCCGGAGAGCGCAGCUGACAUCCUGGACACUGUACGCGCCGUUAUGUUAGUCAGCGAUGCGCGCAUGUGCGAUGAGAAGCUCAUUGCGGGAGAUGUUUUUAUUUGGGAGAUAUCAGGAGCUCGAGGAUCAUUGGUAACAAAGUUAGCUGGUGCGUUUGGUGCCAUCCGCCGUGGUAUCUACCUCGCCCAGGCUGCCUACCCUCAGAGGCUAAAGCGCGUGCAUGUCGUAGGGGCCCCACCAUUCCUCAUCUCACCUCUGCAGCUCAUGCGAUCUUGUGUCAACGAGAAAGUUCGUAGACGGUACUACGUACAUCCGAAAGUAGAUGAACUUUUAGACCACAUCCCGGCGCGUGUACUGCCAGCAGAAUGGGGCGGCGAAGAAGAAUCUAUCGACGUCCUAGCCAAGAAAUGGAGACGGCGCGUCGAUGAGCAUAGAGAGUACCUCCGCGAUCUAAACGAAAUCUGUACCACAACCUCCAGCAAAAUACCAGACUGUGACAUGUAUGGAACGAUCGGCGCUUUCAGAAAACUCGAUAUCGAUUAAUCACAUCACUAGACUUAGCUGCGACCAAUCAACGAAGACCUCACCUUUCAACUGGAUUCUUUGUUUGGUUGGGAGUAUGUUUACCUGGUUGACUGACGUGACGUUUAAGGAUGAAAACUACAACACCAAAGAAUAAGGACCUAGGUCCCCGAAUGGUGAUGAUUUAAGAAUUCCUUAAUUGUUAGAACUUUUUGUAGGUAGGUAUUUGUUAGUUUUCUAAUGUAGAGAUAUAUUUAAGUGCUUAUUGUGAUACUUUAUUGAGUAUAAUAUAAUAUGUAGUGUGUAACGUGCUACGUGACAUAUGUAUAAUGUUUUUUUUUAAGUGAAACACUCGUGAGAAAUUAUUUAGCAAAAU